GAAAGCGAUGAUAAUUAGAUGACCGAACUCACACACAUCACAUAGAGUUCGUUCAUACCGGUUGACUUUUCGUUUUCGUUGCCACACACACGAGGCCCAUCCAUAGCUAGCGCACAUCAAUACAUUCACAUUUUCCACACGCACACAACCGCACGCACGCCAUAAUACGUGAACGAAAAAAAUGGCUUCCCUCGUCGCUGGAACACUGUGUCGGCAAGCACAUUCUAUCGGUCGUCUGCAUACACUGAAUCAGAACCAUUUUGCAAGUCAAUCGAGUUUAAUUCAAUUGUGUCUUCGUAACUUUGCCGAUAAAAAAAUGGGAUUACCUCGUGUAUUUUUCGAUAUGGCCGUCGAUAACGAGCCAGCUGGCCGUUUUAUCGUUGAGCUCCGUCCGGACGUUGUACCAAAGACCAGCGAAAACUUCCGCGCUUUGUGCACUGGCGAAAAGGGUUUCGGUUACAAGGGAAGCACUUUCCAUCGUGUCAUUCCAAACUUCAUGUGCCAAGCCGGUGAUUUCACCAACCACAACGGCACUGGUGGCAAAUCCAUCUAUGGCAACAAAUUCGAAGACGAAAACUUCACCUUGAAGCAUACCGGACCAGGUGUUUUGUCAAUGGCAAACGCUGGACCAAACACAAACGGUUCGCAAUUCUUCAUCACCACCGUGAAAACCUCAUGGUUGGACAACCGUCACGUCGUCUUCGGCACCAUUGUUGAAGGCAUGGAUGUUAUCAAGAAGAUUGAAUCCUUUGGCAGCCAAAGCGGGAAACCAAAGAAGAACAUCACGAUCGCCGACUGCGGACAACUCUCAUAAGAUGGGCGUUUUAGUAAAACAAAACCAACAUUACAUUUUCAAAACCGCUGGCGCUUCUUUUCACGUUUUGAUGUUCUCAUUCAACUUAUAAUUUUUUUUUCUUCUUCUGAUGUUUACGAAAAUUAUGAAAACGUGUAUCAAGUUUAAAAUUGUAGCAUUUCAAUACAAAACUCAAAUUCUCUUGUAAUUUUGAAUUGAAUAACAAGCACUUAAACGCAAUUCGAGACAGUUGUGAACCCCAAAACUUGUGAAACACACCUUCAAAUAUACAAUAAAGAUUAUUCCAUAGAGAAAAAAAACACACAAAAA